AAGACAUUGGUGCCUCAGUGGAGUUAGGAACUGAGGCAAUGGACUUAACUCAACACUUUGAGGAGCCCACAUCAGCAGCGUCUGAAAUUUCCCAGCUUUCAGAAAGCAUCAGUUAUCUCGAUGACCACCAAUACACCAGCAAGCACCACGCAGCUGCACAAACUGACCCUAUGCCCAACAGAGAGCUGCAAUCUCAAGGUGUGCAGGUUUUCUUGACCAGGAAAAAGACCGUAACAACAGGGUCACAAACAGAUUUCUCACUGCCAGUUCACAGGACAGUUGCAGUUGGCACGGAUGACAUGGAACAUAUAGCAUGUGGCGCACCUCCAUCCCCGAUUCGUUGUUCCACUCCGCUUCCAGGCCACGAAAAAGACUGUGACGAAACUUACCAGCCAUCGUUUUCUCGUUCGUGUCUGUGAGUUAUGCUCUUUUAUGUUUGACUACAUAUA